UGUUGUGUUCGCUGAAUGGCGGAAGUCUGAACUGUGGAUGAACCGCUCUCAGUUGUUAUGAGCUCCUGUUAUUCCAUUUACGUCCAGGUCUGAAUAGAAACGGCCUACGGAGUUGUAGGCUUGCCAUAGAAGACAGACACGGCGUUUGUUAAUAAAAUACAAGCAUUUUGCCUGUUUGCGUGUUUGCUUGUGUUGUCGCGAGGAAGGCUGGAGAUGUGCACGCAGACGAAGGCUGCAGCUCUGAUGGCAAACAUACCGCAGGCAGACAUCGACCCGUCCGGCGUCUUUAAGUACGUCCUGAUCAGAGUUCACAGCAGAGAGGAGGGAGACGACUCGGAGGUAGAUAUAGUCCGAGGAUACGGCUGGGCUGAGUACCACGCUGAUAUCUAUGACAAGGUUUCUGAGGAGCUGGAAAAGGGCGGCCUCCUGGACUGUGAGUGUAUCGGAGGAGGGAGGAUCAAACAUGAUUCCCAGGCCAAGAAGAUACAUGUCUAUGGAUACUCCAUGGGAUUUGGGAGAGCAAACCACGCAGUAACUACUGAGAAACUGAAGGCUCGCUUUCCAGACUAUGAGGUGACAUGGGACAAUGAAGGAUACUGAACUGAACUAAGACCAGCCUCUGUUGGACGCCCUUUUUCCUGGACUGACAUCGCACUUAUCUAACACCCCUUGUAAAAAUGCAGAGCAUGCCAUUUUAAACCAUUCAGAGUCCGAUAAGGAGCUUUUGAUACCACGUUAAUCUAAGACUAAGACUGACCUACAGUGACAAGUCUGAGGAGAAAAGAACUCUUUUGGGGGGGUUAUUUUUAUGUUACAAUUUGAGCAAAGAAAUAUCAAACAUUGUUGUUUUUCACAUUUGUACUCUGUUUGGAUCUAAAUGAUUGUUUUGGAAUUUCAAUAGGGUGUAAUAGCAUCUACAAUUAUAAAAUAAAUAACUGCUCAUGGCAAUUUUGUAGAGUGACAUACAGUCACUCUCUGACUUGUUUUAGAGUCACAUGGCCUCAUAAAUCUGACCUAAUCA